AGCUAAAAGCAGUGUUUUGUGUACGUGCAUGUUGACAUGUUGCUUAUCAAUUCCAGCCGCAUACGUGCUGUGCAACUUCUUGUUUAUCAGGCAGCCCAGCUGCUGCGUACGUGCUCCACAACAUGUUGUUCAGUCCAGCUUAUGUAAGUCUCAACUACUUUUGACCAUAUUAGGAGGUGGAAGUAGCACCCCAUCAUUUCUCAGAAUCAAAGGGAGGUGGGGGUUGAAUAGUAUAACUGAUGCUGCGUGGUGUAGGAGAGAGGGCUUUUGCAGAAGGAUUUCCAGCCGAGGUGUUUAGAUCGAAGCUGGACGCUGUCCCCAUGAAGUGUUGGUGAUGAAAAAGAACCACAUUUUGGCGACCACGUAGCGGGAGUAGAGGCGUGCUCUUCGGAUCGCUUCGCAGUCCACGAAAUUUUGACUUCUGGGCCCUUAGGUAAGAACAGUUUUUGUUCAAUUUUGGAUUUAUUCCGUGGAUUGUGAACUGGUCUGAGAGAAAAAACAUGCCCUUCUCAUAAAUUAGAAGUUAUAAUAACAAGAAGAGGCAUUUGUCCAGAACAGCGGUGAUAAACAUUCACACAUGUGUGAAGUCAGCUGAGUCAUUUUGAUGACGGACAAAGUUUAAGUGACAAAUUAAAGCUGGGACAGCGAGAAUUGGAAUAGAUUUUGACAGCUGACAAAAGUCCAGGGAGGACAAGUGAAAAAGGUCGACAUUGAGAUCCAGUUGGGUGUCUCGGUGAAGCCGGGCAACGACUGGGAUCUGAGAAAAAGCGCUGAAGUUGUGACAGAUAAGCUUGCCAGUAAUUCGGUUAAAUCCUCGGGGAUUGGUAAAUUUCAUGAGUUUUUGGCAAAGGCAUGUGUUGACGUCAUAGUUUGCAGCAAGAGGCUGUGAACAGCUCUGGAGCUCGUGAGCUGCGUGUGUUAGAGAAGUUCUGCGUGUGUUGGAGAAGUUCUGUGUGUGUGGAGAAGUUCUGCGUGUGUUGGAGAAGUUCUGCGUGUGUUGGAGAAGUUCUGUGUGUGUUGGAGAAGUUUUGUGUGUGUGUGUGUGUUUGUGAGAGAAGUUUUGUUUGUGUGUGGGACAGGCAUGUGAGAUAAGCGUGUGUGUGUGGCGGAGAUAAGCGUGUGUGUGAGUUGAGACAAGUGGGUGUGUGAGAUAAAUGGGGUGUGUCAGGCGCCAGAGAAUUAGAGGAGGAAAAAGAAAAACAAAGGAGAAAAAACUAGGAGAAGCUUUAAAAACGGUGUAAAACAAAUCAAUAUUAUUCACUGCAGUGCUAAAUUUUGAUGUUUAAUGUUAGACAAAUUUCAAAGUCUGUGAUCUUGUUCUGAUUAGUCUUUAAACAGAAAACCAGAAGUUAAAAUAAUAAGUUUUUAGAGUGACAUAUAUAUAAAUAAAAAUAUAUGCUGAAGUGCACAAGCUUGAUAACUAUUUUUACCAGCUGGGUAAUGUGAAAUAUAAGAAAUAUAGAUUAUGAUUAAUAAAUAAAUAAUAAUGUUUAUGCGUGUUGAGUGUUUGGCAUGAAAAUGUUGCUUCGGUGUCAAAUUGCUUUGAAGUGUGUUUUUCUUAUCUCUAUGCAAGUGUGAAAGCUUUGCUGUGUGUGUGGUUGUUUUACUCGUGAAAGUUCAAAUACUCUGAUCUUGUUUAAACUAUUGCUUGGAUAAAUUAGAGAGAAACUGAUUUUUCUUCUGCUGAUUCGGUCUCUAUUGUGGUUGACUCUUUCCUGUAUUAUAGUGUUAUAAAGCUGUUUGAGAGUUGUUAAAUCCUGAAGGCUGAAUGCGCUUGGUGGCACCGGAUCUGUUCGUUUCUCCGUAGACACCCUCAGCUGUCAGACCUAAGCUUAAGACUGGACAGAGGGGCCAGUGCAGAAGCGCAAAGCUCCACCUACAAGCUGUGUGUGCGCUCCUUUCCAUACACACGCACAGACACAGAAGUACAGAGGCGAUCCCGCCUCUGACUCCACCUCUGUGUGUGGAUUGGUUGGUGACCCAUAGGGCGUAUAGAAACCCUACCCUGUGGGCUGAGUUUUGCUCACACACAAGCUUGGGGUUCAGCAUAAGGCUAUUUUUAGCCUGCCACUGCAGCACAACUGCUGAGGGCAAAUAAAUACAUAUUCAAUCCAGAUUUAAAAGGUUCACCUAUAAAAACUUUCAGGCAUUAAGUUUUUCUUUCAACAAUAACUAAAGCUUUUUGAACUAACUUUACUUUAGUGUUACAUCAGAAGAGAUUUGAUUUUAAGGCAUGCACAAUAAGAAGAUAAAUUGUUCAACAUUUGUGUAAACAGAACAACAACAGAUUACUCAAGACCACAGCAUCAUAUGUCACCAGUAUCUGUUUCAACUUUCAAUUCUUGUUUAUUUUCAGGAGAUUAUAAAUAAACAAACUAGUUUACUAAUCAGAGGAAUAAUAAGUGUCACUGAAACUUCAAAAUGUCGGUCACGCCAGCAGGAAUUUUGGCAGCAAAGAAUUCUGCUUUAGCAAAAGAGAUAAAGCACAUGUCAGAGAAGUGGUCGAAACGGACGAGAAAACUAUGCAAUCCGUGGCCAUCUGAAGGCACUUUCGAUGUAGCAGCUUGCGACAAUUUGGAAUUGAGAAUUCAGGAUCAUAAAGCAGAUGGGUCCAAGAAAAGACAGCAGAAAAGAGAAAAGGAAAUUCAGAUCCUGGACUUAUUCAGGAACGAAGGAAAGAUUUACAGACAGAACUUUAAACAGGCCAUCCUUAAAAUGAAAGACAAAUUGGACAAACCCCAGAAGGAAGUGAAGGCCCCAGCAGAAGAGGGCCUGUAUCCCCUCUUGGGAACCGUUACAAUUACGGGAGAUUUUGAUUUGCGCGACACAUUCGACAAAGGUCCUAAGGGUUUAGAUGUUGACAAUGGAAUUUUAAAAUUAACAACAUCACAGCAAUCAGAUGAAGCACCUGGCAAAGAAAAGCAUGCAAAAGGAAGUGAGGAAAGAGAAUUCGAACAAACAACUCCACCUCGUGGAACGGAUCCAAAAUAUUGCAGUACAGAACGUCGAGCGGUAAGUGAAGAAGGACGAAGGGAGAUUGAUUGUUUUGCAGAACAUAAGGAUUUUUUGAAAAGGCAACCGAAGGCUAACUCAUACUGGAUUGACCUUGAGAACAAGGAUGAGGAUGUACAUGAUGAGCUAAACGAUGUUGACCAAAUUAUACAGGACAUAUCUGAAGGCCUGCGGAAAUCCUUAAAUCACAUCACAGGCACACAUUCAGAUGAGGUUAGUGAGAACACCACUAGCACAAACAAGGAGAAAAAUUUCAAGCCUUUUUACAAACCAGGCAUUCACUCACCAGAGCGUGGUGACCCAAAUACAGGUCUGACUCAAGAGAAGGAAAAACCAGGUCCUAGCAGUGACAACCGUGAUCUGAGACCCAGACAUGACGUAAAACUACCUAUUCGAUACACUAAUGAUGGUCAGUACCCAAUUUUAAUUAAGGGCACAAGAGCUAAUUAUAUUCCCUGGCAGAGCCUCGACCUCACUGGUUUGGUUUCGCGGCUGCCCCACAUUCAAGAUGGCGCUGGAAAGUGGAUUAGGGCUUUCGAACAGGAGACAACUGGGCUAAUGCUUGCCCUUGGAGAUCUCAAAGCUAUUUUGGCUCGAGUUGUUGGGACAUCAGCUAUGGGAACAUUGCUUGCAUCCAAUGGAGUCCAAUGGAUGCUGGACCCAAUGGCUGACGGCACGGAGUUUAACACACACAGAAAUGCACUCUGGAACAUACUAAGAGCAGCAUAUCCCAACAGGAUUGACCCCAAAGCUUUGAAAGGUGAGCCACUUUCAGAGACUGAGAGUCCUGCGUCAUUCGUUGACAGGCAGCUCAGACGGUGGAAGCUGGAGACGGAGGAGGGUCCUGAGGGGACACCAAUAAUGACUUCUCUGUUCCGAACAUCCCUGAUUUCUGCUCUCCCAACUCCUGUGCGAGACAAACUGGAGGAUGUUGUGGGACUGGACUCAAUGCCACAUGUACAGUUCAGAGACCAUGUAGUCCACACAGUGGACCGCUAUCGGAAAGACAAUAACAAAAUGAUUGAGCAAGAAAAGUGCGCUCAGAGAAAACUCACGCAGUUGCACAUAAAUGAUCUCCAGCACAAGGUGAAGACCCAGGCGGCAGUGGUGAAAAGUGACAGCAAGAGUGACAGUCAAACCCAAGCAUUGCAGACAGCUGUGGCCCCGCCUCAAACUCCAUCUCAACCGGUUAUCAAUGUCUACCCAAACCAGUAUGGUAGACAGCAGCCUGGACCACAGAGACGAUUUCCAAAUCGUUUCCCCAAUCGCUACCCAACCCGACAAGGCUGGGUGCAGCAGAACCGACCCCCACUUCCAGGUUCAUGUUGGGGGUGUGGCCAGAUGGGUCACCUGUAUCGAGACUGUCCGAAUCCAAUUCCAAACCCUGAAUGGUCUGGGCGUGGUCGUGGAACACGACCAAACCGGGGAAGAGGAGGUCCAGUUAAUCCAUGGGCAGCACAACAAGGAUUCUAGGGAUGCCCGGAAGG